UGCCCAAUAAAUGAACUCGGGGGAGAUCCCACCGACGAUCGAGUUCAUAUUCUUCCUUCCUGCUUUAAAGGAUACUCGCAGCUUUUUUAAACCGACGAUCGUGCCUUCAGCUAAAGCUAGCUCCUUUUCCUCCUGUUCCAUACUGAUAGCUUGAUCAACACAGUCGAUCAGUCAGUUCCUCUUCUCUGUGCCUGAGAGAGAGAGAGAGAGAGAGAGAGAGAGAGAGAUGGAGGAGGAGGUGGCGAGGUUGAGUCAUCUGUACAUGACAUACUUCCUAGGUUUAUUCUCGGCGACCAUGGUGGUUCCGGUGAUCACCGACGUGACCGUCUCUGCUCUCUGUCCGGGGCAAGCUCAGUGCUCGCUCGCUAUUUACCUCUCUGGGAUCCAACAAGUGAUAGUGGGAUUGGGCUCGCUGGUGGUGAUGCCAUUGAUAGGGAAUCUCUCCGAUAAGCAUGGGAGGAAAGCUCUGCUCACAAUUCCCAUGGUCUUCACCAUCUUCCCCUUGGCCAUCUUGGCUUAUAGUAGGUCGAGGAAUUUCUUCUACUUGUACUACGUGCUCCGGACUCUGACCGCCAUUUUUUGCGAGGGAAGCGUUCAUUGCCUCGCCCUCGCUUACGUGGCGGACAACGUUCCCGCGGGAAGAAGAGCCUCCGCCUUCGGGAUCCUCUCCGGCAUCGGAUCCGCCGCUUUCGUCUGCGGCAACCUCUCCACUCGCUUCCUCUCCACUCCCUCCACUUUCCAGGUCGCGACGGCGGUGGCUGUGGCCGCCCUGGCGUACAUGAGGUUUUUCCUCCCCGAUUCCGGCGUCGAUGACCAUCCUUUAACUGCCCCGAUCGUCCCGAAGGGGAAGCUGGACGGUGCUUGUCCGGACGACGAUAAUACAAAUAAGGCGCAGGUGUUCAAGAAGGCGCCUUCCUUGGGGGACACUGUCUCCUUGUUAAGGAGCAGCUUGACGUUCUUGCAAGCAGCAAUUGUGGCCUUUUUCGGCAAUCUCGCUGACGUUGGUCUUCAUGCUUCAAUGCUGUACUACUUGAAGGCUCAAUUUCACUUUAACAAGAAUCAGUUUGCCGACCUAAUGGUGAUAUCUGGGAUUGCGGGUACUAUUUCUCAGCUGCUUAUCAUGCCCCUUUUGGCUCCUGUUAUAGGAGAGGCAAGACUGCUUUCUAUAGGGCUAUUUUUUAACUGUGCACACAUGAUUCUUUACAGCGUUGCGUGGGCUUCUUGGGUUCCUUAUGCUGCUGCUAUGUUCUCUGUUCUGUUCGUCUUCUCACACCCUUGUAUGCGGACUAUUGUGUCUAAACAAGUUGGCUCGUGUGAGCAGGGCAAGGCUCAAGGAUGCAUUUCAGGAAUUUGCCAACUUGCCAAUGUUGUCUCUCCCUUGAUUUUCUCCCCAUUGACAGCUUUGUUCCUCUCCGAUAAAGCACCCUUCCAUUUUCCUGGUUUCAGCAUCAUGUGCAUUGGAUUCACUUCGAUGAUAGCCUUUGUCCAGAGUGUCAUGAUGAGAGUGGCUCCUCCUACGUCAGAUGGCAGAGUUAGCAACUGCCAUUCGCUGGCCUAGAUUCUGAAGAUCUGAAUGCCCGGUUUUGCCAUAACGAAUGGCCGUUGGUCAAUUCCAGAGUAAGGUAUCAGUCCAUGUAAGUUACACCCGUAAAAUAGUGUACUAAGGUCAAGAGUGUGUUUAUUUUCUAAUGGGGGCAAGUUUUCUGCAAUACCAUUAGCGACAUAGCACUCGUCAUAGCUUUUAAUCUCUAGAGUUAGUAUUAGUUGGCGUUUGAGUUCAAAGCAGAAGGUAUAGCUGUGCCUGAAGGGGUAGAGAAAAUGGAUCUCGCAGCAUAAUUCUGGUCACCCAAGAUGGACGGCGUGUAUUACUGGGGAGCAAGCCGUUGCAUCAUAUAUGAUGAAACAUGGGAAAGCUUUGGUCUCCAACUUGCAGAUGAGAUGUUGUGGCUUAGCAUUUUUACCAAAACAUCAAGACACGCAGGGUAUCUCAAGGACGAUUCUAAUGAUUCCCACGUGAAAUGACCGACUGAUUGUCCUUGGUUGGUAGAAUUCAUCGUAUGACAGUAAUUUGUAAAACGUGUUAGUAAAUAUCCGUUAAAUGGCAGAUUGUUUAGUCUGUUUCGUGUUAAGAGGUUAUCGGCUUGCAUUUAAAUAUAUCAAUAUCUUGAGUACUUAUCGAA